AUGGCUACUCACGUUUUUGAAUGCGCUCCAGAACCGUCGUCUGAGCUGGGUCGGUACAGGAUUCUAUCUAGCACCGCAGGCGUCCGGGUGUCUCCUUUGUGCCUGGGUGCUUUGUCGAUUGGGGACGCAUGGCAAGCAAUGUUGGGCAGCAUGAGCAAAGAGGCCUCGUUUAAGUUGCUCGAUGCGUAUUACAACGCCGGUGGCAACUUCAUCGACACUGCGAACAACUACCAGGACGAGCAGUCAGAGAAGUGGGUUGGAGAAUGGAUGGCUGAGAGGAAGAAUCGAGACAUGCUGGUCGUGGCCACCAAAUUCACCUCUGCAUACCGCAGCCACGAACUGGGCAAGAGGCACACUGCCAACUUCUCCGGCAACCACAAAAAGUCUCUCAACCUCUCUGUGGCCGCAUCGCUCAAGAAGCUACAGACAAGCUAUAUCGAUCUUCUGUACCUACACUGGUGGGACUGGAGCACUUCCAUCGAAGAACUCAUGGACAGCCUGCAUAUGCUAGUAGAGCAAGGCAAAGUCCUAUACCUCGGCAUCAGCGAUACGCCCGCUUGGAUCGUCAGUGCCGCCAAUACCUAUGCCCGGAAUCACGGGAAGACGCCAUUUAGUGUGUACCAAGGCCGCUGGAACGUCAUGCUUCGAGACUUCGAACGAGACAUCAUACCCAUGGCGCGCCAUUUCGGCAUGGCACUGGCCCCCUGGGAUGUCAUUGGUGGUGGUAAGUUUCAAUCCCAGAAACAAAUCAAGGAACGCGAAAAGGCCGGCGAAGGUCUACGGUCCAUGUUAGGCGCAGGUCAAUCAGCCCAGGAGGCCAAGGUUAGUGUGGCAUUGGACAAGGUCGCCCAGGAGCACGGAACAACGAGCUUGGCCACUAUUGCGCUGGCCUAUGUCAUCCAAAAGGCGCCAAACGUAAUCCCGAUCAUUGGCGGGCGCAAGAUCGAACAUCUGCAGGACAACAUCACCGCGUUGAGUAUAAAGCUGAGCAGUGAGCAGAUGCAGUAUCUGGAGAGUCAGACCGAUUUUGACAUUGGAUUUCCUGGUAAUUUUGUAGGCGAGAGUCCGGCGGCGACGGGCCACAGCUCCAAUAUGGUCGCAGCGACCGCACAGAUUGGGUAUCCGACUCCGCCGAAGCCUUUUGUAAGACAAUAG